UUAGGAAGGAUCGGCGCACAAAUCCCUUUCAUUAAUUUAUUCAUGGCUAGGAAGGAACCCUAAUUCGAGUUCUUCGAACCAGCGGGUUUCUGCAUUGCAAAAUUGCGGAAAUUUUGAGACUUUUCUGAUAAUAAUCCGAUGUAGUCUGGAAGAUCCGUUGUACGAACCGGGUGCGAACUAUAAAGCGGAUUUCGGAAAUGGGGAGUUCAGUUGCUAGUCCGUUUUCGUUGUGGUCCAGUUGUUCCAAUGCAACUCGUGCGAAUGGCGCAAUGAAGACUAUUUAUGUUGAAAGAAACCAGAAGGCCAAGUUGUGUUUCAGGAUUCCUGAGUUUUACAGGAGCAGCCAAUCUAGAAGGCGUCUACAGAGCAAACUGAAAAGCAUUGAUUUUGAGGAGAGAAAGAGCCCUAAUGAGGUCAAGAAAGAAAUCGAGCUAUGCUAUCAACUUAUAAAUAGGCUUGGCAGAGGGGUGGUGUACUUGGGUUCAUCGAGGUUGGGACCGAGCCAUCCUCAUUAUACACAAGCAUUUGAGUUGGGGAAAGACAUUGCAAACCUUUUAAACUGUACUUCAUGGUCAGGGGCCGGACCCGGGCUUAUGGAUGCAGUAACUAAAGGUGCUCUCGAAGCUGGGAAGCCGGUUGGCGGAUUUAAGAUAGGCAAGGAAGCCGGGGAAUGGACAGCCACCAAUUUCCAUCCCUACCUUCCAUCAGGCAGCUAUUUAACCUGCCGAUUCUUUUCUGCGAGGAAACAUGGGCUGGUGGAUGCUGCUGUUAGAGCCACUAGUUUGGACAAGACGGCUGUCGUCGCCCUCCCUGGUGGGAUAGGUACUCUUGAUGAAGCAUUCGAGAUCUUGGCAUUGAUCCAACUUGGAAGAAUCGGAUCAGUCCUGCCCGUCCCCUUUCUUUUGAUGAACUACCAUUCGUUUUACUCGAAGCUGCUGGAGUUGGUCGAGGAUCUUGAAGGAUGGGGCACUGUGUCGGAUGGGGAGAUGGCGUCGAUGUGGAAAGUUUGUGACACAAACUCGGAAGCUUUGGCAUACCUGGCUGAGUUCUAUGGACUCAACCAAUGAUGAAGGUAGAUGAGUUUAGCACAUUCAAGGUUAAGAAACUAAUGCAAAUCUUCAUCCUUUAUUUUUGUAGAUUCAGAUUGAUACAAUAAUCAGAUUCAAUCUUUUCGAACUUGAA